GGAAUUUGUUUGUUUGGAGCGUUUGGUGAGAAAAAAAAAUUCCAUGGAAAAACUUAAAAACUCAUUUUUGGGCCACAAAAAAAGUAAUUUCGCUGGAAAACUUGGGAAAAUUGCGAAAAACCUUCCGUGCGAGUGAAACAAUAAAUGGACGUGCGACUGAGAGAAUGGCGGUGAAAUAGCUCAUAACGUACAUCUGUCUCUUUUUCUCCUCAACCAACAAUGCCAAAAAUAGCAGUGGUCACUUUUUGAACUAAUAUUAUAAAAUAAUAAAGAAGAAGAAGAAGACGGGUGAGAAAACAGGACGUCGUGCGUGUGCUACGUGUGAAUUUCAACAUAUUGCGUCGCAGCAUCGUGCAAACGGGGAACUUUUCACCAACUCAUUGGGGCGCUUCGUCUCGAGAGGCCAUCUUGGUUACAUCAAAACUUCACUUCAUUUGGCUUAUCUUUGUGCGCGAGGGAGCAUUUUGACGGUGAGAAAAAAAACGGGGCAUCGCGGGCCCCCUUUUUUCGUGCAUUUCUGCAAUUUGUAUCCCGGAAAUUGAGGCGUUUUCGCGCGGGACAUUCGAAGGUGACAAUAUUUCAUCACAAACAUCUGCGUGACGCCACUGAGGGCGUUUUCUGCGCGUGCAACGCCCCAAGGGGGCUCCGCCACGGGUGGAUUACACACAUUUUGCGGGAUAAAUGAUUUUGCACUUUGGAGCUCAUUUAAGGGCGGAAUUUUCACAAAAAGUACGCUCCUAGUGUGAAAGAAAAAAAAUGGAAAAUUUAAAGACAGAAAGUGGAGAGAAUGGGGAUAUUUUACCUCAGCCAUGCUCAAAAGACAGUGUACGUGAUUUCUCGGAUGGAUCAACACUUAGAGGCUUUAAUUUCAAUGGACUCAACAUGCUUGAUCUCAGCCAUCAUCUCGAGAAUGACACUGUUAUGUCCACAUCAUCGUCAACAUCGGGUGGUUUGGUGAUUGAUCACGACGAUGGAGAGGGUGUGGAGAAUAGUACCCCAAAAGGUGGUGCUGAAUCAGCAUCAUCACCAUGUCACAAAGUACCCCAAGUAAGUAGCAAUGGGCACGUAGAUGUAUUCCCAACGCCCCUUCCGCGAAGACGCUCAAGCGCCUGGAGUGCAGAUAAAACUCUUGUGGUGGGAAAUACGAGAGACUGUUCACAGUACUUAGGUAUGCAGCCGUCAGUUAAGUUUAAAUGCUACAAAUGUGCCGAAUCCAACUUCCCAACGUUGCGGCAUCUCAAGGAGCACCAACAGGUGUGCCUGACAAAGGUUUCUACCGCCACCGUGGAGGGGAAUAAUGGCCCCAAUGGACGACGAACAAAUGGGGAGUACACAAAGCCACCACAUACGGAGGAUCCCAAUACGAAAAUUCGUAUCUCCCGGAAGGUUUUCUUGUGCUCCGCAUGUGGGACGUACUAUGAAAAUUGGAAUUUAUUCCUGCACAUGCGAGAGGUACAUCGAAAGCACAUUUGUCUCCUCUGCUUGGGGAUGUUCCCAUCAGCUGAGCGCCUACAUCAUCAUCUCGAGAGUAGGCAUAGCAUUGCACCAGCUGAUCUCGGUGGCACCGGUGACAUAAUGGGGCAAAUAAAUUCUCAACUUUUCUACCUGAUGUGUGUGACGUGUGAGCAUAUUUUCACGGAACACGAUCAAUUUGUCAACCACAAUUGUGAUACAUACCUCCAACCGUGUGGACUGUGUAGUGUCCGGGGGGCACAUCGUACCAAUUGUCGUGCACGUGUUAGUGAAACGUCAAAAGCAAAACGCAAUGGGCAAACAUCAAACAAUGACGUACUUGUGGCGGCUCCCCAUUCAGCUGCUGCUGCUGCUGCUGCUGCCCCCGUUCCUGUGCCCAUUGUGAAGCAGAAAGAGGAGAAAGUUCAACCAAUACAACAACCUCCUCCGGCGGAACCAUUAGAUCCAGUUGGGGAAAUGUGGCGAAGGUAUCUCAAUGGGGAUUUCGAUGGGGAACAAUCCCAAACACCGGAACCACAGGAGGAAGAGAAAAAACCCGUGGAAGAGGAGCCACCACAGCGACUCUUGGUGCCAAAGUUGAAAGUUAAAAUUCCAAAGGAAUUUCAAGCUAAACUAAAUUCACCAUCAUCCUCAUCGGAGGUGGAAUCAGAAGAGGAGGAAAUUAUUAGAUCACAUGAAACACUUCCGGAGAUUCCACCGCAAGAGGUGAAAGAUGAAGCUGUGGAGGAAGAAGAAGAUGAGGAGUGUGUGAAGAAGGAGGAUGCGGACGAUGAGGAGGUGCAACAGCAGGCGCAAGGGGAAGAAGUGAAGCAACAUGAAAAUGAGGAAAUUAAAACAAGUUUCCCCGAAAUCCCGUCAAAUGUUGUGGAUGAAAAUAUCAAGACGGAGCCAAAAGUUGAGACGAAAAAUGAGGAGGAGGAGGAGGAAGAUGAGGAAGAAGAUGAAGAUGGGAUACAGAUUGCACGGAAAGAUGCUCAAAUGUUUGAUUUACGUCUAAAUCAACCACUCGAUCGAAUUGAUAUGGUGGAACUCCUGAGGAUUUGUCUAAAGCAAACAAUCCCCUUUUGUCUGUACUGCAAUCAUGCUACACGAAUUGUUGUCAAUGCAAAGCAUCUAGCAAUGCACCUUAUUGCCACACAUCGUUUCACGGCAACAGUGGACAGUAUAACAGCGGAGGAAUUGCAACCGGAAACAAUUGUAGCACGCGUGAAGAAGGCUCUUGAUGAACUCGAUGGGAUCUACAUUAAUUUGGAUACAUUUGACAGUCGUGAGGAGAUGGCACUGAAAUCACCGUGUGAUCGUUCAUUUAAUUGCUUCCAGUGUCGCUUGACGGCAAAAGUUCACAAGGAAUUGUAUCAGCAUAACCGGAAGAUGCACAUGAAGACCGUCAUUCUGUGUUUAAUGUGCAAAUCCGCACUUUACAGCUACAGUGAACUCCUCUAUCACAUGUGUCCGGGAUAUAUGAGUACCACGGCGACGCUUGAAUUGAAAUUUCGGUGUGGCUUCUGUAGUCUCCACAACAUUCCAUCGGCCUUUCGGCUAAUGGUUCACCUGAGGAAGAAGCAUGGAAUCUGUGAGAUUUGCCUCGAAGACUGUGGUGAUCAGUUUAAGUUGUCAAAUCACGUGUGGAAGCAUAAAUUGCAACAUCUCUGCUUCCGCUGUGGGAUUGUUUAUCGCAAUAAGCCCGACAUAACGAAGCAUCUCUUUUGGAAACAUGGAACGGAGAGUGUGACGUGUAAAAAGUGUUUGCAGAAGAAAUGGCCACUUGUCUAUCAUUUUUGCAUCCCUCCGGCACAAUUUACGUGUGAACAUUGCCCGCAAAUCUUCACAAGAGCUGUCUCCCUCACGGUACAUAGGAGAUUCCACACAGGGGACUUCAAGUAUCCCUGCACAGAGGAGAAUUGUGAGAAGAAAUUCAUUUCAAAGAGAAUCCUCGAGAAGCAUACAUUGAAGCAUAGUCAAUUUAUUGCUGAUGAACCGGUAUUUUUUGAAGAGAAGAAACCCACACCAUGUGAAUUGAAGGAUCCCGUGCCGAUGGAUGUGGAAGAGAAGCCCGAUGGGGAAACGGAGAAGGUUGUACGAAGUGAGAAACGGGGGAAGAAGUCAAAAUCCAAACGGGAUGAUGCAAAGAAGAUGGAUUUGAUGGAUAUUGAUUUACCAGCACCGAAUUUGAGUGAAAGUGACAGUGAUAUGGAUAUUGAUAGGGAUGAUUCAUCAAAGGAUGAUGCAGUACAACAGGAAGUAGCUGCUAUUGCUCCCACUAUUGCACCUUCUGCAGAAACAACCACAGAAGCAGAAGUAGGAGCAGCAGAUGAUGAUGCUGCUGCCAAAACAGUUGCAAUGGAUGUGGAGGCAGCAGAUGUAGUUGCGGAUGUGGCAGUGGAAGAGGAGAAAUCGGUUCAACCUGAUGUGGAUAUUUGGGCAAAUUUCAAGAGUUACCAAACUCUCCAGCAGCAAGCGAGUAAAAUUGAUUCCGGGAGUGAUGAUGAUGAAGCCCUUGCUGAAGCCUCCGUGCCCAUUCUUCAUGUUUCACAGAGUGAUCAUGAUUACUGCUCAAUCUAUCGUGUUCCCGGAAAGACAGAUCCGAAAAGGGAGAAUGACGUGAAAGCUGAAGUAGCAAAUACCACACGGAAUACUGAUGCAAAGUCCGGUGAUUCGAGUGAUUCAAGUAGUGGAUCAGAUUCAACGUGUACGUGCGAAUCAAAUUGUAGCUGUAGUAGCUCAAGUAGUUCCGGAAGUACGAGUUCCUCGUCCACAAGUAGCGAUGAAGAGCAACAGCGGAAGCAACAGUCGCCGGAGCGAAAGAAGAAGCACAUGAAGAAGCGAGAAAAGGGUGGUAAAGAAGUCAUGAAGGAGGAGACAAAACAGAGUACGGAUGUAAUAGAUGUGGUGACAGUUGAUAAGCUUCAUGAGGGUGAUGAAAAUUUUGAGGUUCUCUUUGAAUCGGACCUUGCAACUGAUGAAUCCGACACCGAUGAAGAUUUCUACGAUGAGCACCCACAGAAAGUUGCCCGAGAAAUGAUGAUGGCGUGGAAUAGGAAAUUUGAUGAUGAAUCCCGUGAUGAUGGUACUCUUGCGGGGGAUGAGGAAGAUACAACAUCUGAUAAACCAUCAGCACCACCACCAGCAGCAGCAGCUCCUGUACCACAUCAAGUUCCGGUGAAGAAAUCUCAAAAGGUGAAACGUAAGAAGAAGGAGAAGCGUCAUCAGAAGUUGCCGCCACUCAAGCUAAGCCUCAUUGCUGCCAAUAAUACCCCAUCUGUGGUGCAGCAAAUGACGCCAAAAGUGUUGCCGAAGAUGAAAUCUCCAGCAUCAGCACCAAUCCUCACGGCGGCACUCACAUCGUCAACACCCCUCGUGAGUUCGGCCGUGGGACAGCAACACAUUAGUCGUCCAUUGAGUGCAGGAUUGAGUAAUGGGGAGGAUUCGCAGGGUUUGAAGCGAAGUAAGAGACGGCGAAUCCCGAAUAAGUUUUAUGGCUAUUCAAGUGAUGAAGAUGGCCCGAGUGGAUCAAAUCCGGGUACACCACACUUACCGGCUGUCCUAAAGCCAAUCCCACCGCCAAAUUUGGUGUGGCGCAAGGAGGAUUUGCCACAGAAUAGUGGUGGUGGUGGUGGGACAAAGAUGCGCUCACCAAACUUCCAAUCGCUUCUUAUGGCGAAAAAACCCUCACCCAGUAGUGAUUUUGCCACUUACAACGUUCAACCACCGGCACAAUUGCCACCACAGAUAUUUGCGUCAACAUCCCCCGGAGGAGCGAAGGAGACAACAACGCAUUCGUCAUCAUCAUCAUCAGUGGGUGUGGUGCAACCUCUAAGGAUACCACUAAUACCUCCCGUUGUCCCCGUUAAUCGUUCCUAUUCGGAUAUGGCGGAAGUUCAGGCGAAUGCUGGUGCUGCACCAGCAUCGGGAAGUGGUGAAGACGAUGAAGAUGAUGAGGAUAGUGCAUCGAGUGAUGCUAGUCACCUGGAGAUACGGGAUACAGCACCACCAAUGGGCCCAAGACCACCACCACCAACUCUUAGGAUUUCCCUGACAAAUCAAACGGCCACAUUGGGCGAUGCGAGACCCACACAGAAGCCCACAGAUAAUGUCUACUGCUACUGCCGGUGCCCAUAUGAUGAAGUAAGUGAAAUGAUUGCCUGCGAUGGGGACAAUUGUGCCAUUGAAUGGUUCCACUUUGAGUGUGUAGGCAUAAUGGUGCCGCCCGUGGGGAAGUGGUAUUGCCCCGAAUGCAAGCUAAAGCAACAACAGGACACACCAGGAGGCUUCUACUGAUAAACUUCACCACACCUAUUUACCUGCCUGCUUCCUCCUCUUCAAAUCUCUUCAAGUGAGAGAUUGUAUUCCUCGUUUUUUUUUCUUUGGAUUUGGAAUUUAGAAAAAAAAAAUAAAAUUUUCAUUGUGUUUUAUCCCCCCUGUUUCACUCUCUGAUUGCCGAAGAAGAAGAUGAAGAAAACAAAAAUAUAUUGUAUCAAUGUAUAAAUUUAAUGUGAUAAUGCAUUGUUUAAUUAGUGAGAAAGAGACGGGAGAUGAAAAAAAAAGGAUAAUGACUUUUAGUGAUGUAACUGCAAAUAAAGUAGGAAGUAAAAAUUGAA